AUGGGAAGUGUACAAGCGCCCAAGACGCUCGAUCCCAAAGGCUUCAGUCGCCUUUACAUCAACGGCGAAUAUGUCAAGUCGUCUUCAGAUCGAUACCUGACACUCAAGAAUCCGAAAGACAACAGCCUCGUAUCGGAAAAUGUCCCCAUCGCCAACGAGCACGAUGUCGAUCUUGCCGUCAAGCAUGCUGAAGCAGCCUUUUGUGGGCCAUGGAGCAAGAUGACAGCGCUCGCCAGAUCUGGCUGUCUCCUGAAACUGGCCGACUUGCUGCAGGACCAUCUGCUUGCGAUCCUGACUCUCGACUCUUUGACCUCCGGCAACCCUGUGUCACUCAUUCCGACCCGGGAGACGACGUACAUUCGGAAUUGUCUUUUGUACUACUCAGGGUGGACGGACAAGCUCAAAGGAGAUUAUUUUCCCGCCGACGAUGGAUUUGUCAAGCUCGUUCGCCAGGAGCCUUUGGGUGUUUGUGCAGCCAUCAACCCGUUCAACGCGCCCGUGGCAACCCUGAUAUUAAAAGCAGCUCCGUGCCUGGCAACCGGCAAUGUCUUGAUCGUCAAGCCGUCGGAGAAGACUCCACUCGGUUCUCUCGCCAUGGGCGCAAUGUUCGAGAAAGCCGGGUUCCCUCCCGGGGUGAUUCAGGUGUUGUCCGGCGACGGCAGUACCGGAGCCCUGCUCGCCAAGCACAUGAAGAUUCGAAAGAUCAGCUUCACCGGAAGCGUGUCUACGGGCAAGGCCAUCCAGGUGGCGGCGGCACAGAGCAAUCUGAAAAGAGUAACGCUGGAGCUGGGAGGGAAGAGCCCUGCGAUCAUUUUCGAAGACGCCAACAUCGAAAAUGCCUUGACCUGGACCGUGGGUGCUAUCCUUGCGCGAUCGGGUCAAGUAUGCGUCUCAGCGACUCGCGUCUAUGUUCAGGAAUCGGUGGCUGAGGAAUUUAUAGCGGAAUACACCAAAAGGAUCGCUGCUGCUGCCAAUGAUCUCGGUGAUCCACAGGAUGCGUCAGUCAAGCUCGGUCCAUUGGUUGACGAGACUCAGUUCAGAAGGGUCAGAGCAAUCGUCGAACGUGGAAAGACAGAAGCGACUCUUCUCGUAGGUGGCACGCGGCAUGGCGAGACUGGUUGCUACAUAGAGCCGGCGGUUUUCAUUAACCCGGACAUUGACGCCGAAGUUUAUAAGAACGAAAUCUUCGGCCCUGUCGCAGUGAUCAAGACCUUCCGGGACGAGGACGACGUACUGCGGCUGGCCAACGACACAGAGUUUGGCUUGAUGUCGGGCGUUUUCACAAAGGACAUCUCUAGGGCAUUGCGGGUAUCGUCUCUGUUGGACACUGGUGUGGUGGGUGUGAACUGCGUCUCAUAUAUGAACAUGCAAGCUCCAUUUGGCGGCCGUAAACAAUCGGGUAUAGGACGCGAGUUCGGCGAAUACGCCCUUCGAGCCUACACUGAGCCAAAGACUGUUCUGAUCAACAUGAAUGCCUGA